GAAGUUUGCGUGGUGAACAUCGUCGGGUUCUGCGCAUCGCACAACGCUAACAAACCUGAAGCAAACACACAAAUAACAACAAGAUUUUUAUAACUCUGCUGCUAGAGUUCUAAAAAAGAAGUAAAGAAAAUUGAAAUAAAAUAAAGAAGUGUUUGAAGACGACGUACAAACCCAACACGAUAAACACAAGAAUAUUUGCGGAUUUUGUACGCGAUAGUGCAGUGCGCGCUCAAAGUAGCAAUUAGCAAAUAAUAAUUAAGCGAAAUAUUUGAAAAUUUGAAAUCAUUCAACAAAAUAGUUGGCGUGCAUUUAUUGAGAAAAUUCAAAGUGUUAUAAGUGCAUUUGCUGAAGAAGACAGAAGUAGUUCUGCAUUAAAGAAGUUGGCUUAUAAAUUAAAAGUCCAAUUGAUCAGAAUCAUUCCAUGUGCUUUUUGUGCUGCGAAUUUGUUUGUCGGAAUUCGGAAUUCAUACGGACUUACAUGCUAGUGAAAAAAGCGUGGUGACGCGGAAUCAACUUAAAUGCUAAAAAACUUUUAAUUAAAGUGGUGCAAAAGCUUUGGCGCAUAAAAGAACAACAUUUUCUUAAAGAAAAAAGCAAACGUGCGUUAAACGAUUUUUUUUCACAAAAGCAUAUUUUGCUGCGAAACGCAAGUGUACCGUUACUUUGCAUUACACGGCCAACGUCGACGACGCGGCUGAAAACGCACGCAAGCCAACUGCGCAGCGCGGAAAUGUCAAAAGUUCACGUGCUGUCGCCCACGCAACUCAAAAGCUGAUUAGCAGAAAUAACGUUAUUUUUUGUAAAAAAGCGUAAAAGCUGAAAUUUAAUAAAAAAAGAAAAGAACUUUCUAAGCGAAACAAUGAACAAACGUAAAUAGUGCAAAAGAAAAGAAGAAGUAAAGUGCAUACCGAUUUGAAUAGCAGCAGCAGCAAAUAAACACAUUAAGCAUGCGAGCAGUUGAAUAAUUAAAAGAAAAAAUAAUUAGAAAUAAGCUUUUCUAAUUACACUGCAACAGUUCACAAGCGCAUAGCCAUGCUGAGCUAACAGUUAAUUAAGUGUUUCAUAAAAAACUCAACAAAUUUAGCUGCUAAAUACAUUUUAUAUUAAAUCAUUAAAAACAUAUUUUUUAUGCAAAACCAAAAACUACGAAAAAGUGUGCGCUAAGAAUUUACGGCUAAUUGCUUUUGUGCUACACACUGUUCCUUUGCUGAUGUUUGGCAAAUACAGGCACAAAUAAGCCAAGUGUGUGAAUAUUUUAUGCCAUAUUAAAGGAUAUUUAUAUAAAAUAAUAACAUACACAUUGCAUCGAAAGUAUACGGACAGCAUACCAGCUGCAAUUGGAGACAAUUUACAAACGCAAUUGGAUUAUAUAUUUACAAGGAUUAACGGCGAACACAAAUAUAUAUCAAAAUGAAUUGGAUAAAACUGAUAUCAGCGACAAUCCUAACGCUCUUUGUCAUCGUCAAUGAGGUCCAAAGUUCCGGUUUGUUCGAAUUACGUUUACGUUAUUUCAACAACGAUUACGGUCGCGAUAGCGAGGGCAAUUGCUGUAGCGGCAUUUCCGAUCCGCAAACAGGCAAAUGUAUCGGUACAUGUAAGACACGGUUUCGCGUUUGUCUCAAACAUUAUCAGGCGAAAAUCGAUACGACAUCACAGUGUACGUACGGUGACGUAGUGACGCCGAUACUCGGAGAGAAUUCGGUAAAUCUAACGAAUACGCAAAAAUUCAAAAGCAAAGGCUUCACGAAUCCCAUACAGUUCGCCUUCAAUUUCGCAUGGCCGGGCACGUUCACACUGAUCGUCGAGGCAUUACAUGACACAAAUAACAGCGCAAAUACGCGCUCAAACAAUUUGCUUAUCCAACGCUUAUCGCUGCAACAAGUACUCGAAGUAUCACCCGAGUGGAAAUCGAAUAAAAGCGAAGCUCAAUACACCUGGUUGGAAUAUGAUUUUCGUGUUACCUGCGAUGCGCAUUACUAUGGAGCUGGCUGUGCGAAUUUGUGUAGGCCACGUGAUGAUCCCUUCGGACAUUACACCUGUUCGGAGAGCGGUGAAAUUAUCUGCUUGACUGGCUGGCAGGGUGAUUAUUGUGAUAAAGCUGAGUGCACGAAAGGCUGCGAACAUGGCCAUUGCGACAAGCCCAACCAAUGCAUUUGUCAAACCGGCUGGAAGGGACCACUCUGCAACGAAUGUGAACCCUACCCGGGUUGCGUGCACGGAACUUGCAACAAACCCUGGAAGUGCAUCUGCAAGGAAGGCUGGGGUGGUCUGCUUUGCAAUCAGGACUUGAACUACUGUACCAAUCAUCGUCCUUGUCAAAAUGGCGGCACCUGCUUCAAUUCCGGCCCCGAUCUAUACACCUGCAAAUGCCCACCGAACUUUACCGGCACCGAAUGUCAGAAUGAAAUCACCUCAUGCAAGGAGGGUAACCCCUGUCAAAAUGGCGGCGCAUGUCACGAUGAUGGCUCUAGUCGCGGUUACAAAUGCGAGUGUCUGAAGGAUUGGGGCGGUCCAUUGUGCGAGGAGAAAGUGAUCACUUGCUUGGAUAAACCUUGUCGCCACGGCAGCUGUCGCAACACCACCAAAGGCUUCCAAUGUGACUGCCCAAGCGGUUAUAGCGGACGCAUCUGUGAACUGCAUGUGGACAACUGUAAUCCAAAUCCCUGCCAGAAUGGUGGUAGCUGUUUCAUGACCUCAUCGGGCAAUCACAAGUGUCAGUGUCGCAGCGGUUUUACGGGUAGCAUGUGCGAACAGAAUAUCGAUGAUUGUCAAGGCAAUCCCUGUCAUAACGGCGGCACCUGCAUUGAUAUGAUCAAUCAAUUCCGUUGUCAAUGCGUGCCCGGCUACUUGGGCUCACUAUGCUCCGAUAAAGUGGACUUAUGUUUGACCAAACCUUGCGCCAAUGGCGGCACCUGCACCAACCUGAAUAACGAUUACAAAUGCACAUGUCGCGCCGGUUUCACAGGUAAAGAUUGUUCGAUUGACAUUGACGAAUGCAUGUCGGCGCCUUGUCGAAACGGUGGCACCUGCGUGAAUCGCGUCAACAGUUUCCAUUGCGUUUGCGCCAAUAACUUCCAUGGCAAACAGUGCGAGGAGGAGUCCUAUGCGUCGGCGUCGUACAAUGCACGCCAAUACGAAGCCACACCGCAGGCACGCAGCGAUGGCUUGACCAGUGGACAGGUCUUUCUCAUUGCCAUACUCUCGGUAGCUAUGCCUGUGGUGGCGGUAAUCGCCGCGUGCGUAGUGGUCUGCAUGAAACGCAAGCGUAAGCGUGCGCAAGAGAAGGACGACGCGGAGGCGCGCAAGCAAAACGAACAGAAUGCGGUGGCGACGUUGCAUCACAACGCGAAUGUCAGCGGCGGUAUGGGUGUUAUGAGCGGUGUGGUCGGCGGUGUUGGCUUGGGUGUAAAACGCACUUCAUCGUCUGGACUGACUUUCGACAACUCCAAUCCGAACAUUAUCAAGAACACAUGGGACAAAUCAGUGAACAACAUUUCGGCGUCGGCGAGCACAGAUGAUUGCCUCAACACUUCGCUAUAUGGCAGCGCACUAGCCAACUACGCAGCGGACAACAACGCCAAUUCGGAAUUCUGCGGUGUCGGUCAAAUCGCACCAUUGCAACGCGCCAAAUCACAGAAACAACUCAACACAGAUCCCACACUAAUGCAUCGCGCUUCACAAAUGUUGCAUAAUGCCGCAAGCGCCGUAGCAGGCGUAAGCGCUGCUGCUGUCGUUGCCAACGGUGCCGCUGCCGGCAUGAGCGGUGUGGUCGGCGCUAACGGUGGUGUCGCAACCAAAGAGUAUGGCGUACAUGGCGGCAGCGCUGGCGAGGGCAAACGCAUCUCGGUGCUGGGCGAAAGCGCCUACUGCAGUCAACGGUGGCCAUCAUUGGCGGCAGCCGGUGUGAGUGGCGGUUGCGCGUCCCAAAUGAUGGCCGCCUCUGCAGCGGCGUCAGCGGGGAGUAGUGCAGCGGCGUCGGCUGCGCAUCAGCAGCAACAACAGGCGCGCGCCGUAAUGUGUGGCACACCGCACAUGUGAGCACGUUCACGUGCAGGUGCGCAGUUUUUGGCUGUGGCGUCGAAUGAGCGGCGCGUGCGCGACCGCGCUAUGGUGCGCGCACGUACGUUUUUGGCGCGCUGGUGGGGGCACGCUUAACGCGCUGUUGUAUAUUUGCUACGAAAUUUCUUAAAACUCAAACACACUAAUGCAUAUACAUAUAUAUUUUUAAAUUUUAUUACUAUUUUAUGAUUACAAAUUUAACGCUGCUGCUGUGUAAAUGCAAGAAUUUUAGAGCGCCGUAGUGCUGCUACCUUCUCAAUUAUAAAUAGUAGUUAUUUUUUUCAUUGUAAAUUUUCGCUAUUGAAAUGGACUGACGUUGAUAAGGAAUUUAUUGUAAAAAGCCGUAUAAAUAAUUAACAGUAAUUAGACGUAAGUAAUUUAGUUGUGCGUACAAACGGGCAAGCGAACGAACGAACGUGAGUGGCGAGCAGACGAAUUCGAAAUAAAUUCGGAGAAAUUAUCUAGAAAUUAAACAAAAAAAUGUAUUAAAAUGUAUCAAGUAUGCGUGUGCUUUGUAGAAUUUAUGGCAAACAGGACCUUAGUGUUAUGAGAAUUUUUAAUUGUUAAAUUAAUUUACUAAAUUGUAAUAUUUAUUAAGCGAAAAGCAUAGAUUUUGACGCAUUCCGCAAGUAGCAAACGACGAGUAUUUUUACAUGACGCCUUGUGUUUAAAGCAGUUUCUUUCGGCACAACCUAAUAUUUAGUGCAAAUUUUCGCACUUUACCUAAAAAUUUUUGUUAGAUUUUUUAUUUAUAUUUUUUAAUAUUUUUUUCUUGUGGCGGAGCGCGCUGAUUGCUGUGACGAUAUGUGAAUUAAAGUGGUAGCGCUAGUAUUUAAAGUUAAAGCUUAACUGACAAAGCCGCUCUGCUGCGCAAACAUAAAUAAAAGACAAAAAUAAAAAAAAAAAUACUGUAAAUUUGACAUUUUAACCUGUUGCAUGCGAAAACUUUGUGCUUAAGAAACAAAAAAAAACAUAAAUAUUUUGUAUAUAAAAAUUGAAAAACAAAAAAUUUGCCAUUUUCUGAAUAUUUUUAAAAUUAAAAAAAAAUUAAAUUAGUUGAAAAAAAAUUUGAAUUCGACGAGAAAGCAACAAAAAGACCUACACUGACUUGUAUAUAUUAGUUUUAAUUACAAUUUACACACACUUUCGACUUUCUGUUAGUUUAUUUAACAAGCAAAAUUCUCGAUUUUCAAUUAUUAUGCGGCGUGUUAGUGUUUUUUGUAAGGCUUACAGGUUAAAUAUUAAACAAAAAAAUUAUAAAAAUAAAUUUAUUUAAAAUUAUAUAUUUUGAUAAAUAUCUUUUCGGGAUUAAAAUUGAAUUACUUGCGACAAAAACGAUUUUGAUCUCAAAAACAUAUUGACAUUAUGUGUUUAAAGUACUUAUACCUUAUAUAUUUGUUUAAAAAAUAUUUUAAUUUCUUAAAAACAGAUAUAAUUUCAAAACAUAAUAUUUUUACCGCCAGAAAAAUUAGCUUAUGUUCUGAUUUGUAUUUCAUUGUAAAAAAUUAUUAUUAUUUUUUUGUAAAACGAUAUUUUUUUUCUUUAAAUUCAUAUUUUUGAUAUAUUUUUUUAAUUCUUAAUAUUAUUCUUGUAAAUUUUUUUUUUUAUCUAACUCUUAGUAAAUUUAAUUUUUUGCCUUACAAAAUUCACACACACACUCGCACAGGCUAACGCACUCUAGUUAAUUUAGUUAACAUAUAUUUAUAAAUUCAUAUAUUUUUAUGCAGCCUUUAGUUUAAUUUUUAUGCCUAAGCAACUAGUUUACAAGCAAAACAAGCAAACAAACAAAUUAUAAAGUGAAGACAAAACUAUUCUAUUAACAAAAGCAUUUUUGUUAGUGAUGCCACUUAUUCCUAAACUAACAUAUAAACUUAUUUUCUACGCUAUUUUUAUUUUAUAUAUAUACACAUAUACAUACAUAUUUAGUUAAAAUAUUACUUAGGAAGCGAGUAAAGAAAAAAUUGAAAUUUUUAAAAAUUAAAAAAAAAAAAUAAAAAAACUGUAAACCAAACACAAAAAAUUGCAUUUACUUUUGACACUUUGGCAUAUCGUUGUAUGUAACUAGCUAAUAAAAAUGGCAAUACAUUUCGCACAGUGUCACAAAUUGCGACAACACACACACAAGCAUACAAAAUUGUAAUUUUUUCUUAGACAAAGCACAAACAAAACUGGAAAGCACACACACACUCACUCAAACUCAAAUGUAUUGAAUUUAUUAAAUUAUAUGAAAAUGAAAUGUUUGAAUUCCGCACAGAAAAAUGUAAAAACAAAAACACAAAAAUGAAAAUUAAUUAAAAUUUAGACGUACACAAAAACAAUUGUAAAUUACAACAAAUUUUGUUGCAAGCGUUGUUUGAACUGAAAUCGAUUGUGUAGAAACCCAAGCACUGAAAAAUUGCUAGCAAAGCAUGUAUUGUGUAAAUGAAGCGUAAAAGCACACAUUAUAUAUAUUUAUAUACAUAUGUAUAUACAACUAUAGCUACUUAUGAGUUAAAUCGAGACGAAAGCGAAAAUUGUAAAUCUUAUGAAGCGCCUAAAAACUGAAAUACAUAUUUAUUAAAAGCACGAUGGAAAAUAUGAUAUGUCAAUGAAACAAAAAUAAAAACAAACAUGUGUUAUUAUUUAUAUUAUUAUUCAUAUUUGUGUUGUUGUCGUUGUUGCUGUACUAGUAACAGCAUAUUUGAAUAAAGGAAAAGUUGCUAAUUUCUAGUGAUGAUCUCAAAUUGAUGCGCGGCUGCAACUUUUCGCGAUGCACAGAGUAGAGAAGGGAAGUAGCGUUGCUGGAUGUUUUUUUUUCAGAGAUAUUGAAAAAAAAUUAGAAAAUUCCAAAUGAAUGGAAAGAAAUUAAAAAAAUUAAAUAAUUGAAAAAAAAUUUAAAUAAUUAAAAAAAAAGAGAAAAAAAAAAUCAAAGAAAAAGUAUUUAAAAAAAUUCACAACAAGAAUAUUUAGAAAAAUUGAAAAAAAAAAUAUUUUUUAUUUAUUAAAAAAAUUUAAACCACACUCCGGCCAAAAAUAUAAGCACUACAUCUGUCGCAAACCCAACGAUGUUACGCCGAAGCAAAUUUUAAAAAGAAAACAUUUUUUU